GCCAACAAUGAUAUUAAAACUAUUGAAGUAUUAACAGACCUGAAUGAAGCAUGGCAUCUUUUUUGGUUGGGGAAGGGAGGGGAAAUUAUGAUGACUAAAUUGUCAAAUCAUGACAAAGCAUUGGAGAUUAUCAGUAAAAUGGUUAAGAUUAUGCAUGUGUCAUGUUUACCAGGACUGCAACAUAUAAAUAUUUGUGAUAAUGUUGUUUUACAUGAUGUUGGUAAUACCACAGCAAUGUAG